AUGGAUGAUGUUCUCGAACUGCCCGGUGAGGAUGCAGGGGUGGUAAUCGAUCUAGACGAGCUUGACGCCGUCGUUGUCGAGGAUGGCCCGGCAUUGGUGGUAACGCCGCCUGCAGCAGAGGAAGCUGGAGAGGUGGUAGGUGCUGAUGAGACCGUGGUGCUCCCACCCGUUGAUGUUGUCCCAGCUGAAGCACUGCUGAGGGUCGCAGUACCAGUGGCACUCGUGCUCGGAUUAGAAAUUGAUGAAACAACUGUCGUUGGUACAGCUGCCGAAGACGUGGUAACUAAGGUGACAAGAAUUGACGAUGUAGUGCCAGGUGGUCCAGAGGUCAUCAACGUGGUAGACGAAGGCGCAGUCGUCGGGAGCACAGUCGUACCAGCAGGAGUGCUGCUUGAGGUAUCCAAGGUUGAGGAUGGACCGGGGAGAGAGAGCUUACAACAGAGCUGGCACUAG